AUGCCCCUGAGUCUGGGCUUGGCUGAUCGGAAGCUGUACCCAGGAAUCGGAGGACUGACUGCCGCCCUCGGCCUGCGUCAGCAGGGACAUGAGGUCAUGCUCUUUGAGAGAUCACAACUUGCCCAAGAAACCGGCGCCGCUAUCCACUUGGCCCCAAACUGCCACAGCAUCCUCAGGAGGUUCGGCGUUUUUCCUGAAGUUUUUGGUGCUAACCCGGUCAAUGGGGUCGCCGAAUACGACGGCGAAGGCAAUGUGAAGUUCGAUCUGGACUUGAGAAAACCUCUCGCGAUAUGGCAACAUCCAUGGGUACUCUCCCACCGUGUCCGGCUUCACGAAGAGUUAAAGCGCAAAGCAUUAUCCACAGACAAUGAGGGGACACCUGCUGUACUCAAGACCUCGAGUGUUGUAACGGUCGUCGACCCCGACACCGGGACCGUCACGCUUGAAGACGGCUCGUCAUUCUCGGGGGACUUGUACCAACUCACUGUUCAGUCUAUUACACGAAGCAUCGUUGCCGGGCCAGAGAUCAAACCCUUUGGCUCGGGCAAGAGCGCGUUUAGGUUUCUUGUUCCUAUGCACCAGGUCCGCGACAACCCGAUUACCGAAGCAUUAGGAAAACGCGAAGGCAUCAUGACAAUGUGGAUGGGUAACGACCGCCGCCUUGUCAUGUACCCCUGCUCCGACAAUACCAUGAUGAACUUUGUCGGUAUCCACCCUAGCGAGCUCUCGGCUUCCAAGGGAGAGGGGUGGAGUCGUGGAGCAAGCAAGGACCUUCUCAUCGAGGUGUUUGGCGGUUUCGGGACGACUGUGCGGGGCCUCUUAGAGAUGGCUGAUGUCAAUGCACUCAAAGUGUGGACUUUAUUGGACAUGGAUAGAAUUCCGACCUGGUACAAGGGGAAGUUGGCGCUGUUGGGAGAUGCAGCCCACCCCUUCCUACCGCAUCAGGGCCAAGGAGGAGGAAUUGCCAUUGAGGAUGCAGCGUCCUUAGCUGCUCUUCUACCCCAAGGCACAACCGUCGAUGACAUCCCUGAGCGGUUGGCGUUGUACGAGAAGGUCCGCGACGAAAGAGCACACAAGGUCCAGGCCCUGACCAGGAUAGCGGGAACAGACCUCAACGACGAAAACCGGGGGAAAUUUAACAUCAUGGAGUUCAUGCAUUACAACUUCGGACACGACGAGUGGCACAAUUCGACCCGCGCUUUAAGGGAGCACCUUUGGUCCCGCAACGGCCCCGUCCACAGGCGUAUACCGCUCUCGUUUGGCCCCAUGCCCAGCCCUCGCCAGGACCACCUUGGCCGGCGGAUUCCGGCGCAGGAGUCUGGUUUCACGACGUACUCGGUCCGCUUCAAGACUUCGGCAACAUUCCUCAGAACAUGGUUCCCGACCCCGGAGUUCAGCUUUUCCUCACCGGGGACCGUGGCUGAGGCUAGCUUUCGGUGUACCGAGCUGCGGGAUAUGAAGUGGCUCGGGGGUGGUGGGUACAAGUAUCUCGGUCUCUGGAUUCACGGGGUGCAGUACACGCGGAAGGACGGGAGCAAGGUGCAUGGCUCAUUCUUGGUGGUCUUGCUGGAGUCGUUGGCCGACCCCAUCAUCACGGGACGUGAUGAGCUGGGAAUGCCAAAGUUGUUCAGUGACAUCGACAUCAACUCCAACGCUGAGGGCUCAGUCAGCAUCGGGUGCAGCUGGAGAGGGCAACAGUUCCUACAGCUCCACCUUGAUGAUCUGAAAGAGGGGCCUGCCGACAAACCUGAGCCCGAGCCCGAAGCCCCGAGGAACCCCCAUGCUCCCCCCAAACCCAAGGACGAAGGGACCAUAACCUACCGCUACGUGCCGGCGGUUGGGAAACCGGGCGAGGCUGACGCGGCGUACGCUGUCCUGUUCCGCGAGGGCAAUGAGUCUGCUGCCCCGCGGGUCGUGCAGAGGACCUGCCGCAGCCAGAGCAGCCGGCUUGAGUUCACAGAAGGCAACUGGGACAACCUGCCGACACUGCACCAUAUUGCGGCUGGGUUUGCGGAAAUCCCGGUGUGUGGUGUUGUGGAAGCAAAAACGGAGGAGGGCACCGGGGUGGAUGACUUGGCGAAUGCGGAAAGGAUCGAGUAA